UUCAUACAUUCAUUUUUAAACAAAAAGAACAUUUUCUUCCCGGAUUCCAAAUUCAAAAUUUCAAAAAUCCAAAAUCCAUUUGCUGUGGGGGACAAUGGCUUUCAAUUUUAGUGCUAACCAGUUUGAGGACCGCUUCCAGGCGCCAGGACUUAGCAAUUGGGAGUAUCCGCGCUUUGCACCGCCACGACCGAGGCAAUACUUGAAGAAGGCCACGCCCAUAGUGGACAACAGUGGCCACCUGCUGCCCACGGCCCGUAGGGACGGCAACUCCUUUGGCCGCUAUCGCGGCACGUAUGAGCUGCCGCUGAGGAUAACGCGCAGCUUCUGUGCCCACUACGAUGCCUGCCUGAGUGGGCGCUACAAGUUCCGUGACUUUCCGCGGGAUCUGUGCAACUGCCAGCGGGAGAACCCGCGAGCCUUGGCCUGCGACAAGCGCGUGACGCUGGGCACUGUCGGGGAUCCGUAUUGGGCGCGUCCCCAGUGCCAGUCCAAGUGCGAGGGCAUCAAGCAGAUCAAGGAGCUCCAUCAGCUGGGUCUCCACGGCAAGCGUGGCCUUUGCACACUCAAGAGCCCCAGAACGGUGCCAUGCGCGCCGCGGCAAGCCCGCAACAAGGUGAAAGCAUUACCCAGGCGACUCAUCACUGCCUUUGCGGCCAAAAGACAGGAAGACAGGAAGCCAAUCACGAAAUAGAAGCACAAAGAAGAU